AUGUCCAAGGGGGGCGACAAUGCCGUCGUUCAGGACACCGCUGAGCCCCUCGGCCACAUCCGAGACCAGAAUGCUACGUCACAGAAGGACGGCAAUAUCGUCUCUGCCGUGCUGGAUAUUCAGCGGCACGCCGGCACCGUGACGAGGGACAAUUGGAUCAGGUCACUCGAAUGUCUCUACCUGGCCGCCGAGGACGACGACCGCGAGCCAAGUGGCAAGCGUCGCCGGGUCGCCCCGGGCGCUCGGAUAGCUUCCUGUGGCCCCGAACUGCUCCGCCGGACGUAUCUCGACCCCGUGUCGGACCCGGAUGCAGGCCGCGACUACGUGGCCGUCUCGUAUACCUGGGCUUCCUCAGAAGAGGAGGACGAUGAAGGGGAAGACACAGCUAUUGGCAGCUACCGCAUUGAGUCGCCCAACACCGGCGAGGCUGAUCUGCCAAGCAAUGUGAGAGACGUGGUGUGGAAAAGAGUGUUGAGCUUUGCAGCGCACGUCAAGUGCAAAUACAUCUGGGUCGACGCCGAGUGUGUCGACCAGGAAGACGAGUCAGAGAAGGAGACAGCUAUCCAGAACAUGCACCUGGUGUACAGUCUGAGCAAGAAGCCUGUGGCCCUCCUCACCCGCGCCAUCGAGAGCGCGGAAGAGCUUGAUCUGCUCGUUAGCCUGUUGCUCGGAGACGUCAGGGCAGAGGAGGAGGCCGCCGUUUUGGAGCUCCUGGAUGAUAUCACGUCCAAUCUAUGGUGGACGAGGGCUUGGACUUUCCAGGAGGACUACAGAGCGUCCACCCGAAUGACACUGCUUAUCCCACAUAGUGCCGCCCUAGAAGAGCGCAAACGAGAAGCACGCGACUUUGCACACCGUCCACUGCUAGGCACUCUCCAGGGUGAGAUAUGCAUCAAGUCCGCCGACUUCAGGAGGCAGGCCACCGAGUUCUGCCUCUUGUACCGAACGAAGAGCGUAGCAGCCCAGCCACUCUGUAACACGAUCCUCCAAAGAGCCGGUAAAUACAACGUCCUGCUGCGCGAGGAAUCUUCACCCGGCCCCUACGCCAUCUCACGAUCCAUGUCGCCUACGAUCUUCGCCGAUGUCGGCAGCCGCGGGAUCACGACCGAGUCGGACCGGCUCGCAAUCGCGGCGAACUGCUGCGGCUACACGACGCGGCUCGACACGGCCUCGCUCAACAGUAGCGGUAGCAGCCUCAGUCUGUCAAUGCUAGCACUCUACCUUCUGAACGGCGAGAUCAUCGAGAACGACCCGCGGCGGUGCCGGGGCACCCUCCAGGACGGUGUCUUCACGUGGCUGGCCAAGCAGUGCCUGGGUAGCUUCCGGCCGCCCGUCGACGAGGAGCUGACCUUUAUCAAGAGCUGCCGGCUCUUGGACCCGGUGCUGACGCUGGAAGGCACGCAGACGCGCGGUCACCUGUGGAAGCUGGGGCGGACCAUCCGGCGAGAGCCGAUGCGCCGCCUCAAGUACAGCACCCUCAGCCCGCUAGAGAUCCUCGCCACCGAACUCAACUAUAAGAAGUACGGCGCCUCGUACCCGGGCCUCGCGACAAGCAUCCUGGCGUGGAUGCAGGACUCGUCUGCUGCUGCGAACAAGAGGGCCAAUAAGCUGUAUCACCAGCAGCAGCGCCAUCGCCGCCCCUGGGAGUGGCGAGAGUGGAUGGCCAACGAGGUCGAGGCCGCGCUGCUCGAGGGCAAGCCGCUGCGGCUCGCGUCGAUGGUGCAUCCCCAGCACGAGGGUGAUGACGGGCCUUGCCGUGCCAUCUUCGUCUGCGACAGCGAAGAAGAACAAGAAAAAGAAAAGGGGAGUGAAGAAGACGACGGCAGUGGCGAGGACACAUCAGACGAGGAGGCGUCACCAGAGGAGAGCUACGUGUUCACCGCGGCCCGGCCAGCCAAGGGCGGCCGCCUGGGCGAUAUCCCCAAGCACGUCUCGCUGGAGGUGCGAGUCGAGUGGCCCACGGAAGGCGGCGACGGGGCAGGUCAGAAUGCACAGCCAAAGCUGUAUAUCAAGCGCUGGCUCAACGGCCUCUGUUUCUUCGACGGGUACCCACAGCGGCCUGUCCUGUUUCCCUGGCCGCCGGCUCUGUUGUCCUAG